AGAGCGAAGCUGUCACAGUACGCAGAAAAAAGAUAUUGAUGGAGGCGUUCCUGGAAUACUGCGCGUGCUGUCUGUGCUGCGGCUGUUAUCCCGCCCGACAGUACCGCGGUGACCUGUAUGAGCCACUCCUAUUGGACAACGAAAGAGAGGCUGUCAACAGGUUGCUGAGAUUUCUGGAACAAAAGGAAGAAAAGCCCCAUCUGACUGAUGAGAGACUCCAUGCCCUGUGUACCCUGUCCUACUCUGACAAUGUGGAACUCCAGAGGUCUGCUGCUCUCUGUUUCUCUGAGAUCAGUUCAAGAAUGAUGGCACCAGUGUCAGUGAACAUGAUGGAACCGUUGGUGGCCCUGUUGGAGUCAGAAGACACACAGGUACAGAGACAUGCAACACUGGCAGUCAACAACUUCACCCUACAUGGACCUGAAUCCAACAUCAGGACGACCCUACAGAGCAGUGCCCUGUACCCCCUGCUGAGUCUGCUGAACUCCCCUGACACUGAGGUCCAGUGUAACGCCUGUGGCUGUAUCACCUCCCUCGCUACCAAUACUAAAGCAAAGAGAGAGAUCGUGGUGAAACGUGGCUCACGACCUCUUCUUCAACUGGCCGCCGAGGCCGUGGAUCCCAGGGUACAGCGGAACGCAGUCGGCGCUCUUCUGAACCUCACACAUCUAGAAAACAACAGAAGUGACUUAGUGCGGGAAGGUGCCCUGAAGGUGUUUAAUGACCUCCUAUUGGACGAUGACACAGAGAUUCAGUAUUACUGCGCCGCUGCUCUCAGCAACAUGGCGGUCGACACCGAGCACCGGAGGAUCAUGGGUAAUCUGUGGGAAAGGAACAUCCCCGGACGACUCAUCGCACUCUUGUCUUCCAUGGCUGACAAGGUGAAAUGUCAAGCCUGCCUUGCACUAAGGAAUCUGGCAUCUGAUGAAACUAACCAGCGGUUGAUAGUACGUCAGGGAGCCCUGCCGAAGCUGUAUCACCUGCUGAAGACAGGCAGUAAGGACACGCAGGUGGCAGCUGUGGCAUGUGUCAGGAACCUCUCCAUCUGCAAGGCUAAUCAGGAGGAGCUGCUACAAGACUGGUUCCUGGCUAUCCUUCCCAGAAUGCUGAGGGACAAGUCCACGGCGGUGCGAUGUCACGCGGCCGGCACUGUCAGGAACCUGGUGGACACGGAGAACGCUGAGGCAUUUGUACAAGCAGGAAUCCUGGACGCCCUGACAGAGAACCUGGUGGACUCCUCCAGUAGUGUUGACCUUCAGUCAGAGGUCACAGCGGCAGUUGCCAUCAUGGCCAACAAGGAGUCAGUUCGAGAUCACCUGCACCAGACCCGGGAGGGACGUGUCUUCCCUAACCUUGUAUCCGUGGCGACCAACUGUGAGAAUUUGAAUGUGCAGUACAACUGUGCCAGUAUCAUCGGCCAGCUGCUGGUCACAGGUAUAGAAGCUGAAACUAUUGAGCCCAAUGUGCCUGGACUCCUGUGUUACCUGGAGCGAUUGUUGAACAGUGGAGAUGCUAACGCCAUCCAGAUUUCACUCUGGUCACUUCUGCUGCUCGCAAAAUAUGACAACUUCCAAAGAGUGUAUCCCUCAAGUGCUCUUCCCCAGAAAGUGGAGAGUCUGUUGUGGUCAAACCUGCCAGCUAACAUACAGGAGAUGGCUCGCAGUGUUGUCAACAAGUACGCAACCAGCUAACCAUCGUACACCAGAACUAACGCCCCGUUCUGACUGGGUUUUGAAUCACGAUUCAAUUGCGACUGAGGUCCGAUCCUGAUUGAAUCGCGA